AUGUCUCUCUUCCAGCCGGCUCCCCCGCCCCCGACGCGCCUCGGCCGCUAUCGCCAGCUUGCGCCCCGAGCAGCCGUCCAUGUCUCCCCGCUCUGUCUCGGCGCGAUGAGCAUCGGCGACAAAUGGGCCCAGUACGGCUUCGGAACGAUGGACAAGGCGUCCUCCUUCAAGCUUCUCGAUGCAUUCUUCGACGCGGGCGGGAACUUCAUUGACACCGCAAGUAACUACCAAGAAGGCUCCUCGGAAGAAUUCAUAGGCGAAUGGGCCGAGCAGCGUGACAUCCGCGACCAGCUUGUCAUCUGUACCAAGUACACGAACAACUUUCGCCGAGGAGAUCCUACGCUCAAACAGGCUGCCACCCAUAUGGGCAACAAUGUCAAGUCCAUGAGGAUCAGUGUCGACGCAAGCCUCCGCAAACUGCGCACAACGUACAUAGACGUGCUGUACGUGCACUACUGGGACCUCCACACCUCAAUGGAGGAGAUCAUGGACGGCCUGCACAACCUCGUUGUCGCAGGGAAGGUACUAUACCUCGGCGUAUCAGAUACCCCCGCAUGGCUCGUCACCAAAGCAAACGAAUACGCAAAGGCACAUGGCAAGACACCCUUCGUCGUCUACCAGGCGCCGUACUCUGUCCUGCAGCGAGAUAUCGAGCGCGACGUACUUCCCAUGUGCCAUCACGAGGGCAUGGCCCUGACGUUAUGGAACGUCCUCGCGGGCGGACACAUCCGUUCUGACGAGGACGAGGAGCGCCGCCGCGCGACGGGUGAGGGCGGGCGCACGUACGUCGGCGACUGGCAGCGCACGCCCAACGAGAAAAAGGUCUGCGACGCACUCGCAGUCGUCGCCCAGCGCGUCGGCGCGCAGCACAUCACUGCCGUGGCGAUCGCGUACACGAUGCACAAGGCGCCGUACGUCUUCCCCAUCAUCGGCGGACGGAAGGUCGAGCACCUCCAGGCGAACAUCGAGGCGCUGAGCCUCCGGCUGAGCACCGAGGAUAUCACGUACCUCGAGGGAAUCCUGCCGUUCGACAAGGGCUUCCCAUCGAACCUCCUUGGCGAAUAUGGCACAUAUCCGUUCCUACUCACGAUGAACGCGACGUUCGACAUCCAGCCUCUCCUCCCUUCGAUUGUCCCCGCGCCUGACAACUAA